GAUUAAUAGGUACUACUUUGGUCUGUGUUUUUGUUGUUUACAUUUAACAUUACACAAAAUAUUAAACACAACAUCUUCGAAUAAUAUUAAUUACAUGUAAAGUUAUUUAAUUUCAAGUAAAGUUCUACCUUCUACUUCAUUUGAAGUUUCAGAUCAGUAGAUUAGAAUGGCGGACGAUGAUCAGGAUCCUAAAGAAUAUCGGUGGGAGACAGGUUAUGAGAAAACAUGGGAGGCUAUCAAAGAAGACGAAGAUGGUCUUGUGGAGGGUCUUGUCGCAGAGUUUGCUCAGAAGGCUGCGCGGAAGGCUGCUGCACCUCGCAGGGGUCCCAUUCGUCUUGGUAUGAUGAGGCAUUUGCUUGUCGCUAUAGACUGCUCAGAGGCCAUGAAUUCACAAGAUUUGAAGCCCAUGAGAUUUCUUUGUACCCUUAAGUUGUUGGAGAAAUUUGUUGAGGAGUUCUUUGAUCAAAACCCACUGAGCCAGUUGGGCAUUAUUGCAAUAAAGAACAAAAGAGCCGAGAAGGUGACAGAACUAUCAGGAAACGUUAGGAAACACAUAAAAGCUGUGCAAGGCUUAUCAAAUCAAGCCUUGACAGGAGAGCCGUCUUUGCAAAAUACACUUGAAUUGGCGGGAAGGAUACUCAGGCCUCUGCCCGGCCAUGCGUCUAGAGAACUCCUUGUUUUAUUUGCGUCCCUCACUACUUGUGACCCAAGUGAUAUUAAUACUACUAUACAGAGUCUUAAAACAGAUGGCAUUCGAUGUUCUGUUAUUGGUUUGGCUGCUGAAGUGAGGAUAUGUAAAAAAUUAUGUCAAGACACUGGCGGAGAAUAUGGCGUGGUACUGGACGACGUGCACUACCGCUCGCUGCUGCUGGAGCAGACGACGCCGCCGGCGCGCGCGCGUGCUCUGGACGCGGGGCUGGUGAAGAUGGGCUUCCCCUUCACGCCGCCCGCCGAGCAGCCCGAUGCGGACCCGCCCAUCACUCUGUGCAUGUGCCAUGUGGAGGAGGGCGAGGGCGUGGGCGGCGAGGGCCACCUGUGUCCGCAGUGCCGCAGCAAGUACUGCUCGCUGCCGGCGCAGUGCCGCACCUGCGGCCUCACGCUCGCCUCCGCGCCGCACCUCGCCAGAUCAUAUCACCACCUGUUCCCCGUAGAGCCGUAUGAAGAGUUGCCCAAUGAAGGUCAAGCGCAGUUCUGUUUCUCCUGCCUGAGAUCGUACACCGACGUAGAUAAAACGAUAUUCCGUUGCAACCGCUGCACGGAGCACUACUGCUGGGAGUGCGAGGGCCUGAUCUCCAGCACCAUGCACGUGUGCCCCGGCUGCGCCUCGCGCCCGCACCUCUGCCAGCGGCUGCCGGACGCCUCGUGAUGUACACACAGACAACACAAACGUAAUAUCUAUAUAUAUAAAAGAAGGUCGGGUUUGUUACAACACUUAUAACUCGAGAUCUGCUGGACCGAUUUUCAUGGUUUAUAAUUCGUUGGAUUUGUCUUCGCCAAGAAUAGCAGAAUACAUCAAAACAAUAAAAACAAUGAAAACUUGACGAAUAAAUAAUUAUGAAUGAUCAAUAAUUUUCCAUAAAAAUGUUACUUUGUUCAGUACCUGUCAAACAUUUGUUGUCCAUUCCGUCAAAUACUGUAUGUAAGUAAUGAUUGACAUUUAUUUAUAUGUCCGUUCAGAAAUAAUGACUAAUGCUUAACAUUUACGCGUGCGUUCAUAAAUUUAUUUUGUGUAAAUUAAAGGUUCUAUUUCUGUAAAUAAUAAAUGUCUUUUUAUGUUGUCUAUGAUUUUUCUAAGAUAAAUAAUCAAUAUAUAAAAAACAAAGACGGGUUUGUUACAACAGGGUAGGAGUAGUGUAGGGGUAGGGAGGGUGUAGUAUAGGAUAGGGGAAGGAAAUUAGUCAAAGCGAAGCUUGACCGGGUCCGCUAGUUACCUAUAGAUACAGUUCGACUUGUGUUGCCAGGUGACAACAAUCUAACUCCCCGAAUACAUUACCUACUCGCGAAGUUGAUCGAUGUUAAUCAAAUGUGAUAGUGUAGACUUCGUGCAACUUCGCUUCGCCUCGCUCUACUUUCUACUGUUACCAGUUUUUGCCUGAGUCAAAGGACUCAAAGCGAUCCGAGGCCAAUGAUAAUUUAUACUAUAGAUCGGUUACGUCCAUACAAAAUCACUGCAAAAAGUGAUCCCAAUAAUAUGCUAUAAAUCUGAGCGCACCCAUGCAUAAUUUUGUCUUUAAUUCCAUUAUUUAUUUAUGUUUAUAUAUAUAGUUUUUACACUUCCUGAACACACAACCAGUAGAAUGACCAGUAUCGUUCACAAGGUUUUUAAUUAGGGUAUGCUCUAUUCAUAUAAAUUGUAAAAAUGAAAAAUUCUUCCUCUAAUACAGGUUCGUAUUGAAUCCUCAUGGUAUGCAGAGCAUUUAUCCGUCUAAGAAGUGCACGGCACUAGCAAUGACAUAGCAAAAUGAGUAAUCUGCGAGGCCAGCCUGCAGCCAAGGCAACUUGGCAUUCAGCUUUACACUAAUUGUAGCACCCUCUACGGUGAUUGUUAUUGCAAAGCAAGUUGACUUAUGUAUAUUUUUUGAAUCUGUCAUGCAGGCACAGAACAGAUAACCUAACGGGCGUAUAAAUACAGAUUCAAAAUAACAGCGCGGUAUGAGCGACUGUAUGUAAUAAUGAAUUCUGUAAAUAUAAGGUCUGCUUUGCGAAUAUAUUCCAGAAUUUGCGUAUGCGCUUUGUUUAUUAUUAACCUCCUACGUUAAAGAGUGUUAUAAGUUUAGCUAUGUAUAUGUCUGUGGCUCCGGUAUGAAACGGAUAAACUGAUUUUGAUGUAUUUUUUUACUAGAUAGCAAAUAGGGAGUGUGAAUGUACGAUGAAAAUCGGAAUAGUCAGUUUUCAUUUGACAAAAUUAAUUUAAUACACAUUUAAUAGUCUUCUUUCUAGUUAAAUUAACUGUCGGGCCUUCAUAUAAUUUAAAAUUGUAAUUUGUUUUGUGAUUUUGGUUACUAAUUAUUUACUACAGUAUUGCGUACUCAUUUGGCAAGUUUCAGAGCAUAAACAGAGUAAUUUAUUUUAUUCGAAUUAUUACUGUACUUACAAAUUUUGACGCUAAUUUUUACACAAUUUAUUUAUAAUAUUGUAAAUAUGAGUUUUUUUUAAGUAAAUUGAAAAAUAAAACAAAAUUUUUAUUCGA